GUAAACUUGCGAACUUGUAUUUGAGUGUUAUUUCAUCUCACUGGACUCUUGUAUCUGAAUACUGUCUUUCUGUCUCAGUCUAAUUCUGGUAAUCAACUGAGUGUUUGUUUGUUUCAUUCUAUAGCGGAGUUACUUCUGCCUCAACCACAAAACGUUGAGGUGGUCUCUAACAACAUGGAUGCCAUAGUUACGUGGGACGCUCCCCUUAGUUCACUGAGACACCUUACCUACACAGCUGAAUACAGGUGAGACAUGCAUGCACACACACACACAGGAUAAAAAAACAGAUGAAGAGGGUGUUGCUCAUUCUGGAUGCAGUUUUCCUCCUGCAGUGUCUCAGAGGCAUUUAGACUGGUACAUCCAUUCCACUCAGUCAGCACACAAACACUCAGCAGCAUCCUGGACUACACUGGACUAGAGACUGACUAUUUACCAGAGCAAAUAGAAAAGCAAAACACACACACACACAUAUACAGAUGUAGGAUCUUAAUUUGAUCACCCUGUUGCAGGAGAACUUUCUCCUGCAACAGCCUAAAAAUGCUUCUAAAGUUUGUAAUUUCCACUUUGAAAUUUCAGACUUGAUUUUCCCGCUCAAAAAUGUCCAUGAAUUAUAAUGCACAUAAUAAUUCCCAUUUUAUAUUGCUGCAGGAUUAUUUUCCUGCUGUAGGAGACUGGCUCAAAUUAAGAUCAUACAUUUGUAUGACACACACAUACACAAGAAUGCCAACACAAAAUACCUCUGGUUUAAGUGUUUUGUCUUUGAUAGUAUAUUUAGAGGUUGUUCACACUUACUAUACUUUUCGCAAAAAUACCCUUGGCUACACAUAUACUACAAUGUAUACUUUCGAACUUGUCACAUCUCAACCGCUACCUCCGGAGGUAGCGCACGACACUCCCGACAGUUGCCCCCCUGUAAGCAGGGCAGUGUAAACAGAAAUGUCUCGUUGAGCCAACACUCUUACAGUAAAAAUUGUAAUAGCAUAGCAAUGUUUUUGAAACAGCUGUAAUGUACAGACAUGUACAUGUUUCUUAUUUUUUAGACUUUUUUUGUUAUAGAGUUUUUACCUGAAAUUGUACUAACAGCCUGUUAUAUUCUGAAAUUGUCUCCGUAGCUUUAAAUCGCAAGAUUAUUAUAUUUGUAUUAUUUUGAUUGACUGCACUGAGCCACCGAGGUCCAACUGCGGUCUGCAAUUCGGGGCAUUCCUGCAUCUGGGCAUUCUUGCAUCUGCAGGAACGCCCUCCCUCAAGCAUCCCAUUGGUUCCUUCAUGGUGUAUGAGGAACUUCACUGAGAGGGGAAGUUGUGAACAAUGACAGGGCAUUGAUAUGACCACACACGCAGUAUAGGAACUAAAAAAGUUCCACCUUUUCUGGAAGAGAACAAGACACACACACACCUGCAAAAAAACAAAACCUUUUUGAUUUUUAUAAAACAGGUAGUAACAUCACACUAAGAGAAACUAAGAGAAUGAAAGGGUUUUCCUGUCUAAUGAAUCAAUUGCAUCAGAGCUAUUGAGUUUGUAGCUACAUUAUUUACGUGUUAUGUUCUUUUCGAAUACCUUGCCAAAUCAGCUGUGUGUUUUCUCCUCUCUACUUAAUAGUAAGCAACAUAAAAGGCAAUGUUAUUACACAUCGAUGCAACAAAGAAAUGUAAUUACAAUGUUAACCUCUUUUUAUUGUCUGAUACUCAGAAAGCCUUCAACGGCUUUCUUCCACACCGUGUGUAAAGCCACCAAAGAGCACAGGUGUGACUUCGGCGAACUUCCUAGUUGCCAUGGAAAUUAUCAAUUCAGAGUGAGGACAGAGUUAAAGGGAAAUACCUCCAGCUGGGCGGAAACCCCAAACUUCUCUCUUAAGAAAGAAAGUGAGUACCAAUAUGCACUUUUGUGAGACUGUUCAUUGUAGCUCUCUCAUUCUCAACGUCAUAUCUUUGACUUCCUGUAUUGUGUCUCCUCAGCCGUCAUUGGUCCUCCAAACGUAACCUUGGUCACCAAGGGAGGAGCUAUAGGAGCUGUAGAGGUGAACAUUCAGAAUCCGGUGCUAAAGAUCUCAUCGCUGAAAGAAGCCUACAGCAAAGUGGAAUACAAUAUCAGAUACUGGAAGAAUACUGACAAGAAGGAUGUAAGAGCGACAUAUAAUAGUCUAACACACACAAACACAUACACACACACACACAUAAUGUGUACACUGAGUGUACAAAACAUUAGGAACACCUUCUUAAUAUUGCACAAACUUUUGCCCUCAGAACAGCCUGAAUUUGUUGGGGCAAGGUGUCGAAAGUGUUCUACAGGGAUUCUGGCCCACGUUGAGUCCAAUGCCUCCCACAGUUGUGUCAAGUUGGUUGGAUGUCCUUUGUGUGGUGGAACAUUCUUGAUACACACGGGAAAAUAAUGUUGAGCAUUAAAAACCCAGCAGCGUUGCAGUUCUAGACACUCAAACCAGUGCGCCUGGCACCUAGUACCAUACCCUGUUCAAAGGUACUUAAAUCUGUUGUCUUGCCCAUUCAAGCUCUGAAUGGCACACAUAUAGUGCAUUCGGAAAGUAUUUUGACCCCUUGACUUUUUCCACAUUUUGUUAUGUUACAGCCUUAUUCUAAAAUUGAUUAAAUCGUUUAUUCCCCCUCAUCAAUCUACAUACAAUACCCAAUAAUGACGAUGCAAAAACUGGUUUUUAGAAAUGUUUACAUAAGUAUUCAGACUCUUUACCCAGUACUUUGUUGAAAACACCUUUGGCAGCGAUUACUACCUCAAGUCUUCUUGGGUAUGGCACUACAAGCUUGGCACACCUGUAUUUUGGGAGUUUCUCCCAUUCUUCUCUGCAGAUCCACUCAAGCUCUGUCAGGUUGGAUGGGGAGCGUCGCUGCACAGCUAUUUUCAGGUCUCUCCAGAGAUGUUCGAUCGGGUUCAUGUCCAGGCUCUGGCUGGGCCACUCAAGGACAUUCAGAGUUUUGUCCCGAAGCUACUCCUGCGUUGUCUUGGCUGUGUGCUUAGGGUCAUUGUCCUGUUGGAAGGUGAACCUUCACCCCAGUCUGAGGUCCUGAGCGCUCUGGAGCAGGUUUUCAUCAAGGAUCUCUCUGUACUUUGCUCAGUUCAUUUUUCCCUCGAUCCUGACUAAUCUCCCAGUCCCUGCCGCUGAAAAACAUUCCCACAGCAUGAUGCUGCCACAACCAUGCUUCACCGUAGGGAUGGUGCCAGGUUUCCUCCAGAUGUGACACUUUCAUCAAACCAGAGAAUCUUGUUUCUCAUGGUCUGAGAGUCCUUUAGGUGCCUUUUGGCAAACUCCAAGCGGGCUGUCAUGUGCCUUUUACUGAGGAGUGGCUUCCAUCUGGCAACUCUAACAAACAUACCUGAUUGGUGGAGUGCUGAAAAGAUGGUUGUCCUUCUGGAAGGUUCUCCCAUCUCCACAGAGGAACUCUGGAGCUCUGUCAGAGUGACCAUCGGCUUCUUGGUCACCUCCCUGACCAAGGCCCUUCUCCCCCGAUUGCUCAGUUUGGCCGGGUGGCCAGCUCUAGAAAGAGUCUUGGUGGUUCCAAACUUCUUCCAUUUAAGAAUGAUGGAGGCCACUGUGUUCUUCGGGACCUUCAAUGCUGCAGAAAAUGUUUGGUACCGUUCCCCAGAUCUUUGCCAUGACACAAUCCUGUCUCGGAGAUCUACGGACAAUUCCUUCAACCUCAUGGCUUGGUUUUUGCUCUGAAAUGCACUGUCAACUGUGGGACCUUAUAUAGACAGUUGUGUGCCUUCCCAAAUCAUGUCCAAUCAAUUGAAUUUACCACAGGUGGACUCCAAUCAAGUUGUAGAAACAUCUCAAGGAUGAUCAAUGGAGUCUCAAGGGUCUGAAUACUUAUGUAAAUGUUUUUACUUUUCAUAAAUUUGCAAAAAUGUCUAAAAACGUGUUUUUGCUUUGUCAUUAUGGGGUAUUGUGUGUAGAUUGAUGAGGAAAAUGUUUUAUUUAACAAAAUGUGGAAAAACAAAAGGGGUCUGAAUACUUUCCGAACGCACCGUAUACAAACCAUGUCUCAAUUGUCUCAAGGCUUACAAAUCCUUCUUUAACCUAUAUCCUCCCCUUCAUCCACACUGAUUGAAAUGGAUUUCACAAGUACGGGAUCAUAGCUUUCACCUAAAUUCACCUGGUCAGUCUAUGUCAUGGAAAGAGCAGGUGUUCCUAAUGUUUAUACACCCAGUGUAUAUACACACACAAAAACAAACACACACACACUCCCACUCUUUCUCUCACCCACUCACAACUCACUCUCUCACUCACUCAUUCACACACAUACACUAACUCAAUGUGUUAUCACAGGUGUUUGAGAGAGAGAGGGUGACUGAGCAACGUGUUAAGCUGAAGCCACUGGAGCCCAACACUAGAUACUGCAUUCAGGUCCAGGUGUACAUACCGAUGCCGCACAACAAUACGGGGCAGUACAGCAAGGACGCGUGUGUGAUGAGCACACCGAUCAACACAACCACAGGUGAGCUCUCCACCUCCUCCACCGCUUGUCCCUUCUCCCUCACACACCCUUCCCCCCUUUCUUCCACUUUUUCUAUAUCCUCCCUCUCCACCCCCUCAACCCCUUCAUAAUUUGAUGAUACCAAAUAGCAAUUAUGUUCAUUGUUGCAAACGGAACUGAAACUGCCUCAGCAAAACACUCAUUUCCAUAAUCUGUGCCAUCAGUUCAGUUUCUGAGGGUCAUUCUCACUGGUGUCCACCUGUGUCUGUGCUGUAGAUGGGGAGCGAAGGCUGUCUGAGGGCCUGGUGGUCAGUUUGGUGACAGUGGCUGUGGCUUUCCCACUACUCCUCCUAGUCCCCUGGAUCAUCUACAAAGGGAGAAGGUUCCUCCAUCCCAAGGUUAAGCUGCCUGAGCAAUUGAAACAGGUACUGUGUGUGUGCGUGUGUGUGCGCAUGCGUAUGUGUGUGCACUUAUGUACGUGUGUGUGUGCACAUGCGUACGUGUGUGUGUGUGCAUGGGUGCAUGUGUGCGUCCCUGCGUAACUGGUGCACGUGUGUGUGAGUUUGUGUUCAAUUAAUUAAUUAAUCAAUCCAUCCAUCUAUUCACCCACCCAUCCAUCCAUUCGUUGGAUGGUUGAUUGGCUGACAGUUCGUCUCCCCCACAGCACCUGACUGAUUCUCAUCAAUACACCUACCUGGCCUCGCAGAUCACCUCUCCUCUACAAGAGAAGUAUGAUCAGAUCAGCGCUCUGUGUGAGGACAACCCAUACAAUGUGUUGACUGAUGUACCAGAGGACAAACUUUACCAUGUGGAUAGUGGGGUCUCUGUGGAGAUGCCUGAAUACUACAAUGCUGUUGCUGAAAAUGCCAAUUUUGACAUGCCCUACAAGAAUAUCUGACUGGGACAAUGGUAUCAAGAUAUGAGCUACUGUAAUCAUUCUGUAUAUGGGCAUAUGGAAUCUGAGGAAAUCAGGUAGUCACGAUGGAUUGCAAGCCAUUAACAUUAAAGUGUCCAUUAGUGUCUGAAGCCCUUCAACAUUAUUCAUUUCACUUUUCAGUGUUUUUCUUUUUGGAUUUCUGUGCUUACAAAACCGUAUUGAACUUAACUAUUUUUAGUUUUUAUAUACUAUAUACAGCUGAAGUCGGAAGUUUACAUAUACUUAGGUUGGAGUCAU